CUUUUAAUAAUUAAUUAAUGCGUUUAUUUGCUUAAAUUACAGAGCUUUGUAGUGUUUCAGGAGCAUAUACCGCAAUUUAUUCGUAAUUUUUAUAAAGCAAGCACUUACUCAAUUUGGCGGUCGAUUCAAAAUUAUUUUAUCUUUGUGUACACCGAUGAGUUGCUUGAAAAGCCUAUGGAAUCUGAUAGUUAUAUGAAUGGUUACCUAUUUCUUGAUCAACCGAACAUUCUUUUGGUCAACGCCAAACUACGUAAUUCGAGCAUAUUUGAAAUUAAAACCAAUCGCUUUGUUGGUUCUCGAUUUGAGAGCAAACCACAUUUUUAUACACAGCAUAUUUAUGAUGCCCAAGCCGAAAAGGUUAUAUGGAAUAGUGCUAAAGAUUUAUCAAGUAAAAUGAAAAAUUUACAAGGACGCGAAGUUGUGUUGGGUCUAUUUAAUUAUGAACCAUUUAUGCUACUUAGCUAUGAAAAACAACCAGCAAUGUUCGAUCGCGCUUCCAAUAAAACAGAGGCGCAUGCCGAUGGCACCGAGGUCCGUGUCAUACUCACUUUCUGCGAAAUUUACAAUUGCACUCUGCAAAUAGAUACAAGCGAAAAAUCCGAGUGGGGCGACCUCUAUCCAAAUGAUACAGGCGUUGGAUUGAUGGGCAUGGUGGUGAACAGAACAAUUGAUUACGCCAUGGGCGGCUUGUUUAUGUGGUACGAAGCCUAUAAGCAAAUGGAUAUGUCAAGUUUUCUUGGACGUUCUGGUAUAACAUGUCUAGUGCCGGCGCCGCGUAGAAUUAUCAACUGGGCUUUGCCGCUGCAGCCAUUCCAGGCCAAGCUGUGGCUAUGUGUCGUCAUUUGCCUUGCCUUAGAAUGCCUAGCUCUAGCCGGCACACAUCACUGCGAGUUUUCAGCUUCAGAGCCGCGCUGGCGAAAGAGUCUGCGCUUUGCUUAUGUCAGCACGCUCAAGUUGUUUGUUAACCAGAGCACUCAUUAUGUAGCCAAAUCGUAUGCACUCCGCACUGUCCUGCUGGCGAGCUAUAUGAUCGACAUAAUCUUGACCACCGUUUAUGGUGGGGGAUUGGCAUCCAUACUGACGCUGCCGAAAUUGGAGGAAGCUGCUGAUUCGCGGCAACGUCUCUAUGAGCACAAGAUGACCUGGACAGGGACUUCUUAUGCCUGGAUAACCACCAUUGAUGUUAACAAUGAUGAUGAUCCCGUCUUACUGGGAAUCUUCGAGCACUAUCGUGUAAAUGAUGCAGCGACCAUGGCAGCGAAAUCCCGCACUGAACAGAUGGGCUUUGUGGUCGAGCGAAUGCUUUUUGGACACGUGGCAAACGCUGAAUUGAUUCCUGAUAAUGCUUUGCCGCGACUCAAACUAAUGGUGGAUGAUCUCUUCUUUUCCUACACAAAUGCGUACGUUCCCCGCUUGUGGCCAUUAUGUGGCAUUCAUAAUGACUUCACGCUCGCCUGGCAUUCAUCCGGAUUUGACAAGUACUGGGAGUGGAAAAUCGUGGCUGACUACAUGAAUGCCCAUAGGCAAAAUCGCAUCGUAUCCUCAAAAAGACCCAACUUUGAUAUUGGACCCGUUAAGCUGGGCAUUGACAAUUUCAUGGGCCUGGUCAUGUUGUGGUGCUUUGGCAUGUCCUGCAGUGUGGUGGCAUUUUUGCUUGAGUUAUGGUGGAUAGAUAUUAAAAACUAAUUUAUUUGAUUUGUUCAUAACCGAAAUAAAGUCUCACAUAUCAGUAA